AUGCAGUAUUUCACAAUUUUGCAAAACAAAUUGCACUCAUUCAAUAUUCAGGACGAUCAAAGCAUGCGUGGGCUUUUAGCUAAACCGUUAAAAAAAUUUCCAAAAUCACAGAGACAGCAAUUUUCAUCCACGAACACAAGUAUUUAAGUGUCUCUAAAAAUCCUGAGUCUUCAAGCUUAAAGAUGUUUUAAGCCGGCUUCCCGGUGUUUGCUUUUUUCAAAGAUGAACUCAAGAAAAUCGCUCAAAGCUUUCUUUUGAUCUUUCUUUUAAAGCCAGAAUUAUAACUAAAUAUUAUUUGGAACGUUUUCUUUCUAUUUGCGGUGAGAAAAUGUCUAAAGGCUUUUUAAAAGUUCUGUAAGCUUAUAUCAAACCUGAUACUCGGUCAGGUCAUUGUCUCAAAUCUUACAAACGUACAUAAACAAAAUAGUCGCAUAAACUACGCUCGACUUCAUUAAAUUAGAUAUAAAAACAAACAUCAAUUAUCAUGCAAUAAUUACUCAGGCUUACCUUUCGAGAUGCAGCCCCUGAAAGGUAUCAAGUAAGGCCAGUAUCGCUUCAGACUUUUCAACCCUCUUUACACAUUAACGAAGGUGAAAAACGAAAACAAUGCCACCCGAAAUCGAAUUUCCGACUUUGAAAAGUAACGUAUUUCUCAACCAAAUACCCAAUAAACAAACCAGCCAUGAAUAACAGAAGACUGUACUCUUGAUAGCAGCUGAAUUUCAUUUUGUACAUCCAGUGGAAAAAGACAGUUAAAGACAUCACAAGUUGACACAAAACUCUGUCAGCUUCAGCUGUCAAAUUAAACAAGAUUUUCCGUAUCUCUUUCGGGCACCUCGACAUAGUGAGGUGCUGAAAGGUCUGUAGGUUAGUGGUAGUGCAUAUGGACUGGUAACCAGAAGAUCACAGAGGCGGCUCCCAUUGGGAGGCGAGCCACCUGUGUCACUGACUGACAAAACAUCUUUUUUUAUGUAUUCACCAGGCACAAAAUUCACCAUCACAUUUCUAUCCUUACCAAUUUUGUCAAAUUCGCCAUUUUCGUCAAUUUUGCCGAGUGAGCGAACAUGCUACAGCAUUGUGUUGUGUAGACAUUAUUUGGCCACAGAAGAAACCGCCAGAAAGGUUGACGCUUUUUGCCGCCUGAGUCCGGCCUAGGGGAAUGGAAAUCAGCGGGGAAAUUUUUAAGAUUUGUUUUGUUACCCCCAAAAAAGGGAAAGACAAAAUUUGGUUAGUGCUGCGCGCAUUGGAAAGUUAGCGAGAUAUGUGGGUGCCGUCUUUGCACUGAGGCCUUCAAUAAGAACUUAUUCAAUGAAACGCUUCCAGAUGGACUCUCGGCAAGGACAGUACAUAUGAUGAAAGACUAAACUAGGAUGGACUGAUUUGAAAACCCGUCGUCUUCGUUUAUUGUCCUUUUAUUGACUUGUUAGGUCCACCAACCAUUACAUACGUAUCUAAUAACCAGACAGCAAAUGAGGGAGAUGUGGUGAUGCUUAACUGUUCAGCUGAUGGUAAUCCACCUCCAAACAUCACUUGGACAAGACUCUCUAGUAACAGUCCCGUCACCUUUCCUCUGGUCGUCAGAAGACACGAUGAGGGAGGUUACAGAUGCAGUGCUGAUAAUGGUAUAGCCAUUAAAAUCAUUGAUGUCUUCAUCACUGUGCAAUGUGAGUGA